GGCUGGACUACGCCGAGUGAUGACGUCUCCUCAUUGGGCGGAAGGUUCGCUGGCAGUCGUCGGUCCUCCAGCUGGUGGGAGUUAGCGUCGCAGCGCUGGGUGCUGGGACCCUAGUUUAUAUUGUUCGAGAAGUCGGUUUGUGAGCUUGGGCUUGCCUGUCUGCUCCAAGCUUUCCUGGCCUUCCUCCCAAGGCGCGGGGCCUCGCGGACUCCCCGGCCCUUUAGGGCCACGGCCUUAGCAGUGCCUUUUGCGAGUUCCUCGUAAGCACAUCUUAAAACCUUCAAGAUGGUUCUAGCAGAUCUUGGAAGAAAAAUAACAUCAGCAUUACGCUCACUGAGCAAUGCCACCAUUAUCAAUGAAGAGGUAUUAAAUGCUAUGCUAAAAGAAGUAUGUACAGCAUUACUGGAAGCGGAUGUUAAUAUUAAACUAGUGAAGCAACUAAGAGAAAAUGUUAAGUCUGCUAUUGAUCUUGAAGAGAUGGCAUCUGGUCUUAACAAAAGAAAAAUGAUUCAGCAUGCUGUAUUUAAAGAACUUGUAAAGCUUGUAGAUCCUGGAGUUAAAGCAUGGACACCCACAAAAGGAAAACAGAAUGUGAUCAUGUUUGUUGGGUUGCAGGGGAGUGGGAAAACAACUACGUGUUCAAAGUUAGCAUAUUAUUACCAGAGGAAAGGUUGGAAGACCUGUUUGAUAUGUGCAGACACAUUCAGAGCAGGGGCUUUUGACCAAUUAAAACAGAAUGCUACCAAAGCAAGAAUUCCAUUCUAUGGAAGCUAUACAGAAAUGGAUCCUGUUAUCAUUGCUUCUGAAGGAGUGGAGAAAUUCAAAAAUGAAAACUUUGAAAUAAUUAUUGUUGAUACAAGUGGCCGACACAAACAGGAAGACUCUUUGUUUGAAGAAAUGCUUCAAGUUGCUAAUGCUAUUCAACCUGAUAACAUUGUUUACGUGAUGGAUGCCUCCAUUGGGCAGGCUUGUGAGGCCCAGGCUAAGGCUUUUAAAGAUAAAGUCGAUGUAGCCUCAGUAAUAGUGACAAAACUUGAUGGUCAUGCAAAAGGAGGCGGCGCGCUCAGUGCAGUUGCUGCCACAAAAAGUCCAAUUAUUUUCAUUGGUACAGGAGAACAUAUAGAUGACUUCGAACCUUUCAAAACACAGCCUUUCAUAAGCAAACUUCUUGGUAUGGGUGACAUUGAGGGACUGAUCGAUAAAGUCAACGAGUUGAAGUUGGAUGACAAUGAAGCUCUUAUAGAGAAGUUGAAACAUGGUCAGUUUACAUUGAGAGACAUGUAUGAACAAUUUCAAAAUAUCAUGAAAAUGGGCCCCUUCAGUCAGAUCUUGGGGAUGAUCCCUGGCUUUGGAACAGAUUUUAUGAGCAAAGGAAAUGAACAGGAGUCAAUGGCAAGACUAAAGAAGUUAAUGACCAUAAUGGAUAGCAUGAAUGACCAAGAGCUGGACAGUACAGAUGGUGCCAAGGUUUUUAGUAAGCAACCAGGAAGAAUCCAGAGAGUAGCCCGAGGAUCAGGUGUGUCAACAAGAGAUGUUCAAGAACUUUUGACGCAAUAUACCAAGUUUGCACAGAUGGUAAAAAAGAUGGGAGGCAUCAAAGGACUUUUCAAAGGUGGUGACAUGUCUAAGAAUGUGAGCCAGUCACAGAUGGCAAAAUUGAAUCAACAGAUGGCCAAAAUGAUGGAUCCAAGAGUUCUUCAUCACAUGGGUGGUAUGGCAGGACUUCAGUCAAUGAUGAGGCAGUUUCAACAGGGUGCUGCUGGCAACAUGAAAGGCAUGAUGGGAUUCAACAACAUGUAAAGACAAUGCCUUAAUAUAAACUGUCUUGAUUACAUUAUUUUCUGAGACCU